UGGGAGCAAUACACAGACAGCACUGGCGAUCCCCACGUUGUGUUAAUGAAAUCCGUCUUUGAACUAAAGGACGACAGCUCCGCUAUGACCGGUGUGUCGUAUGAGAGGGCUGCACGUUUGUUAACCGAUGGACUGGAAGAGGAGUUGUACGAUGAGAUCUUGGAGAAGUAUGACCUGUAUAAGGCGGGCAAGGAGUUUGUGCUGAUUGAAGGCGGCUCUCUAUCGGACGAGUUAGUGGGCACAGAUAUUAACUCACGCAUUGCGAACACGCUGGAUGCCCCGAGUAUGUGCGGGUGA